GUGAAUUCCAGUCGGAGGCUUAGGUAAGUUUGGGAAGCUGCCUGACGGACGACUACCCAAUUUCCCAGCCCCUAAUUCGUUCCGAUUUCUCCUGUCCCUGCAACGUAAUGUUGGGCAGACAAUCGGGGAAGAGGAAGCGAUCGGAGAAGAGCCAGAUGAAGAAGCGAUCGGAGGAGAGCUGGGAACGGAGAAAGAAAGACGGAGCCGCCGCGGGCUAGAUAGCGGAAUUGGCGCGGGGAGAAUGAGGAGCGAACAAGGGAUUCUGGUGGGAUCAAGAGAGAAGGGAUUUCAGGGUGAGAGAGAUUUGGAUUGAUGAGGAUUCUGCUGUUCUUUUUUUUACUUCCCGUCUCUUUUCUGAAGAACGUGUCAAUGUGGUUAGUCCAGUUCUUUCUCUAUCAGUACUGUAUGUAUAGCACAUGGAUCCAUCUGGCACAUUCUGGCAAUGCACUGCAAAAGGGUAUCUCCAAGAGCAAUAUAACAAGGUCUAGGAAGCAAUGAUGUGAAGUUUAGAAGAAAACGAUGAACGCAUAGCUACAAAGCAGUAGACGCCAAUCAUAGUUGAAGUUAACUUAAUUAGCCUAUGUGAAUUGCAAUGCCUAAUAUAAGAUUCAUAUUUGGACCACUUCCUAUAAUUCUAGCGGGACGAAUUGAUUCUUGAUAUAGGGGGAAUAUUCUUAGUUGCAGAACAAAUUUCGAUAUAGGGGGUCGGUUCUGUAUUAACUUCAAGUUUAUGAUUGGUUUAUAAACCAAGAUAAUAAAUUUAUUGUAAGCAAGAUAAUAUCAACGAGACAGCAAGACUUCAAGCCUACCCUUUCUCCUGCCUAUAUAUGCAUAGAGAUCCCAGGUGAUAAUAUGCUUGACUGUCAAGUAGUCUAUAGCUAGCCAUAAGAGAGAGUUUACGAUCAAUAUGGUAGUUUCCCAAAAGACAGCAUAUUUUUGUUGGUUGAUUGGGUUCAUAAGGGUGAUGGUGGUGUUUGUGAUGAUCACAGAACGGAAGGGCUGUGAUGGUUGCUUGGAUAACGAGAGAGCUGGUCUUCUUCAUAUCAAGGCCUCCUUUGGUAAUUUGGAUUCCUGGGGCACAAAGGCAGGAAGGGCCAUUGAGGACGAAUGCUGCAACUGGGUAGGAGUUAGCUGCAAUCCAGCCACAGGAAGGAUUACUGAUCUCGAUCUCGACGAUAUCACUUCUCCUGAUGGUCAUGAUGAAUUCUACUUGAAUGCUUCUGUGUUCCUGCCUUUCAAAGAACUGAGAAGUCUUUCACUGGAGUACGGUUACCUGACUGGGUGCAUGGAGAAUGAAGGAUUCGAGAAAUUGUCGACACUUGCUCAUUUAGAACGUUUGGAUUUGAAUCAUAACAGAUUCAACAAUGAUAUUCUGUCACCUUUGAGCACUCUCGUAUCGUUGAAGCACCUGGAGCUUUAUGAGAACGAACUGUCAACUAAUGUUGCAGGCCUGGAAGAAUUAUUAAAACUUCCUAACUUGGAGCACUUGAAUCUAGGCCGUAACAAGAGGUUGGGAAACAGCAUUCUAUCACUUUUGAGUAGCAUCUCGUCUUUGAAGUCACUGACGCUAUCUGCAGUUGGAUUGAACGGGACAAUCAGCAUCUAUGGCUUAGGUGCUUUGAUCAAUUUGGAGGCAAUUGAUUUAACUGGAAACGACAUUGUAUUGAAAGAUUUGGAUGCCUUUACAAACUUGAAGACUCUUACUAUUGAUGCAAGCAGUCUUACAGAACUUCAAGGAUCUGACCUACAUUCUCAAGGAUGGCUGGUCAAGUUGGAAAAGUUGGAAAAUCUGACCAUAUCUGAUUCUAUUGCACAAGGCAACUUCCUUGAGACCAUUGGCACCAUGAUGACCAAUCUUAAGAGUCUAAUAAUUGAUGGUUUGUCUCUCAAUUCGACUCUUCCUCAAGGUUUAUGCAACUUGAAGGAUAUGGAAGUAUUAGACCUCUCGAGUAGCAACUUGAGAGGUGAGCUACCGUGGUGCCUAUCGAAUUUUACUUCACUUCGAGUAUUCGAUAUCUCUGGAAAUCGAGUGUCAGGAGAUAUCGCCCAGUCUCCUCUUACGACGCUCUUCUCCCUCGAGAAGAUCGACGUUUCUGGUAACGAUUUCCGAAUCCCGCUCUCCCUCUCCCCAUUUUUCAAUCAUUCCCACCUCCAGUUCUUUGAAGGGUAUGACAUUCAAGAGAUAUAUGGAGACCAUCAUAUCAAACAACAGCAACAUGGUGCACCACCAUUGCUACCACCUCUGUUCCAACUGGAAGUACUGGGUUUGUCUUCAAGGUACAAUGAUGGUGAAUAUGUUGGCUCAUUUCCCAACUUUCUCUACCAUCAACGUAACCUAGAACAUGUCUUCAUAUCGAACACCAGAAUGAAGGGAGUUGGGUUUCCAUGGUGGUUGUUGGAUAACAACACUAACUUGGUAGAGCUCAGUUUGGUCAAUUGUUCACUUUCAGGGCCUUUCGAACUGCCAAUCAAUCUCCAUCCCCAUGGAAGACUACAAGUAUUAGAUAUAUCCAGCAACAACUACAUCCAUGGCCCCAUUCCUCCUCAUCUUUGUGCAUUCCUUCCCAUGUUAGGAUUGUUAUACAUUUCCGACAAUCAGCUCUCUGAUAUUAUCCCUGAAGAACUCUCAAACUGCUCCUUUUUAGAAGUCCUAGAUGCCAGUAACAAUCGUCUCUCGGGCGAGAUUCCAGGACGAGUUUUCGAUAUGCCCGAGCUCUCCCUCCUCGACUUGUCGAGGAAUAAUAUCACUGGAAGUUUGCCACUAGGUUUCAUUUCUCCAUGGAUAUCUGAAGUUUACUUGUCGAGAAAUCGACUGCAAGGAACCUUAUCAUCACAUGGAGCAGAGCCUGGGAAUUAUAUGUUGGAAGUCUUGGAUCUUAGCCACAAUAACUUCGAGGGUGCCAUACCCAAAUGGAUUGCAGGAUUCCCUCAGUUAACCUAUCUCUUGUUGAACAACAACCGGUUUACAGGUGAAGUUAUGAUGGCUUUUUGCUUGGAGCAGUUGAGGUUGAUUGAUGUUUCUCAUAAUCACCUGUCUGGUCACCUUGCCUCUGCAUUCACAUCCAACACCAGUUGUGGUGAUAGAAUGAACUACAUCUCCCCUUCUCGAAGUCUUGAAUUCGUCAGCAAAACACAUUUGUAUACUUAUAAUGGUGUGCCCCUUGACUUGAUGUGUGGCAUGGAUUUCUCAAGCAACAGUUUUGCUGGGGAGAUCCCUCUUCAGAUCGGUAGCGACCUCAUCGAAAUCAAAGUGCUCAACUUAUCAUACAACAAGCUGACGGGAUCGAUCCCUUCCACUCUGUCAAACCUGCAACAGAUCGAGAGUUUGGAUCUUUCGAACAACAAUCUCAGUGGGGUGAUUCCGCCUCAACUCACCGAGCUAAGUUAUCUUGCAUCUUUCAGUGUGGCAUACAACAAUUUGUCUGGUAACUGUCCUAAACAGACUGCACAGUUCAUUACUUUUGAUGAAAGCAGCUAUCGAGGAAAUCCUUUCCUUUGCUGCACUUUCCCUAUACGACCAGAAGAACCAUUACCAGGGCCAUGGGGGUCUUAUGACAGAGAUGACGAUGGUGAUGGAGGAGGUUUUGUUGAUAUGGAGACGUUCUAUAUAACUAGUGGAGUGACUUAUGUUAUGAUAUUGUUGAUAAUUGCUAGUGUUUUGUAUAUAAAUCCGAACUGGCGACGAGUAUGGUUCUACUAUGUCGGAGUCACCAUUACUAGUUGCCAUCAUUUUACUGCAAACAAUCUUCCUGUGUCGACCGAGUACAAAAUGUGGAAGUUUCGUGCAUAGUAGUAUUGAAAUUCUUUCAUUUUAAGUCUUUUUUAUAGUGGAAUUUCGUGUAACCGUCAUUAUAAUUCCUAGU